UUGUCAUUUGCUACAUUUGGUGUGAAUGUUUCAGUGCUAUCAGCGCGUGGUCUAGCACUCAAAGGGCACAACAAGAUCGAUGCUUAUGUGAGCCUAUCACUUAGCGGUCCAGGCUCGUGGAAGAGUAAAGUUCAAACGGAUAUACGAAAAACAACCGGCAAUUGCGAGUGGAAUCAACGAUGUGAAUUUGUUGUGUACGGUCUGGACUCGGUGCUGACGGUAACGGCGAAUCACAAGACUGUAUUGGGUACUGCAGAAUGUAUUGGCGUGAUAGAGUUCCAGUUACGUCAACAGUACGGCAAAAUGGCACCAAUGUGGUUUCGUUUGCGCAAAAAGGGUAAGGCAAACGAAGACUUAGCCACCCAGAAGUACAGAGGUGAAUUACUGCUGAAGUUCGAGUUCUCGAAUAAGCUGUCAACAUCAAUGACAUCGUUGAACACUGUACAUGGCUCAUCAGCGCUGAGCGCACUCAAACGAAAAAUGCAUCUGGGUAAAAAAGACGAUCGCGACACCGUUUCGAUGGCUGCCGGUCUGCCGAGUAGCUACUCGAAGGUGUUCGGUCGGGGAUCACCGCAACCCACCGCAGGUGCCGGCAUCAAUUUCAACUCGUUACAACGAAAUCCUCGAGCAGCCACUGUAUCGAGUGAUGGUGGCAGUGAAUUGCAACAAGCUGGAUUUGACCGAAGUGGACUGAUAGUUCCACCACUGAAAGCGCAGAAUUCAAUUGGAUCGUCAUCGGAUAGAAUGACACCCGAACAGCAACAACAACAACGUAAGCGGUGA